AAACCGGAAGCAAAGCAGAACAAAGUCCAGCUUGUUAACAAACUGUACUGAAUUUGAUUACAAAGUAAACUGGAAGGAGAGCAGAACACGGCCCAGUUGAUUAAGUAACUGAACAUAAGCAACAAAAUGGAAAGCAAGUUAACUCAGGUUCACAAGGACCAACUUUCUAAAUGGAUAAAUCCAUUGAAAAGACAUAAGUUUACGUUACUGUACAAGAUCAGCAGAGACGGGUGUGACGCCCAGACCUUUCAUCGUUAUUGUGACAAGAAGGGACCAACUGUCACUGUCCUGUACAACACUGACAACUCGGUGUACGGGGGAUAUACCGCUGUCAGCUGGAACUCAGAUGGGGACUUUAUUACUGACGAUCAGGCAUUUCUGUUUAGUCUUGACUUUAACGGUAAAGCAAAACCGAUGCUGUUUCGUGUUAAAGACGCAAACAAAGCUAUCUAUGGAAACGACGAUUCAGGGCCGGUAUUUGGAGAAGGCCAUGCUUUAGAUUGCUUCACAGGGACUGUAGCUAAAUCCGGGAAUGUUUUCCCUUUAAAUGGUGAUGCUUCUCUUGGUACGACUUACGACAUGCUGGGACAAGACUGCGAGAGUGUCACAAAUGGCCAUCUAAAUGUGCUGGAGCUCAGGGUUUAUAGUGUUAAAGAGAAAACCGCGGAGGAACAAAAAGAAGAAGAAGCACUCCUGGAAAGACAGAGAAGGGCUAGACAGUUAACAGAGAAGCCUUGGAUACGAAAUAUCGAGUGGAGUCCAAAGCUUGAGGAAACACUGAAGAACGAAGUUGCUAGCUACGAAACACUGUCUAGACUGAACGUUAAGCAGGCCAUGAUUCUGUUGGUCGGGCAAGUUGGAGCUGGAAAGUCUAGCUAUUUCAACACCAUCAACUCCAUCUUUAGGGGACAAAUCAGUAUCCAGGCCAACGCCGGAAGUGCUGAUAAAAGUUUGACAACUUCCUUCCGGAAGUAUCAAAUAAGGCAUGGACCUGACUGUACUCCUCUCAAAUUCCGCUUAUGCGACACGCGAGGCCUUGAAGAAGAUGACGGCCUUGACGGCCAAGAAAUAUGCUAUCUUCUAGAUGGUCAUGUGCCUGAAAAAUACAAGUUUAAUCCGAGCGUUCCACUGACGCCGGACGUUACAGGGUUCGUGAAGAACCCUACACUCUCAGAAAGGAUGCAUUGUGUGGUGUUUGUCAUUGACGCUAGUACUGUUGACGUCAUGCCCAAGAAAGUCAUGGAGAGCAUCAAAGCAAUUCAGACUCGGAUAAACCAGAGAGGGAUACCCCAAGCUGUUCUACUGACACACAUAGACGGAAUAUGUGAACCGACAUCUGAGGAUUUAAGUAAAGUGUACUUUAGUGUGGCUGUGAAAGAGUGCGCCGAGAAGGUUUCCAUGAUGAUGGGACUGCCCCAGCAACAAGUCUUUCCGGUGAAGAACUACCAUCGCGAGGCAGAUCUUGAACAAAACGUCAACAUCUUAUCACUGCGAAGUCUUAGAAAAAUCCUCAACUUUGUUGAUGAUUUCCUCUACAACAAGCUGGACGACAUAGAAACUGAAAAGGGAGGUCAGAGAGAUUAUUAGCGAUCGCGGGCUAUACUCCAGGAUAUGGUAAUUAUACCAACAGCAUCAAAACAACAAACAUGUAGGGGAAGUCACUCUUUAACCAAUCCAAAAUGUAUGCUGUUAAUAAUAAUUUUAUUGUAAUUAGAAACUUCUUUAAAUUACUGUAGAUGUAUCGAUUUUACAUAGGGGAUAUUCAGUAAAAACAUUAAAUGCAAAGAAAAUGAUCAUAUAAUUUUUUAACUAAACAUUGACCUUGACUUUAAAUUGAAGUCUACUCAUUACUAAUAUUAACCCAAAACUAAAUUUUAAUAUUGGUUAUACCAAUGAUUGAAGUAUGGAAUAAGUGCACUUACAUUUAUUUGGUGUAUUAGUUCGUUUGUUUAGGUCGAUAAAGUCUUUCGGUUUUCUUUUAGAUUUCCAAAUAUUAACAACAUAAAAGUGACCAACAAAUCAAUUGUGAUUUCACAAAUUGAAUUGGAAAUUAUGAUUCGUAACAAACGUUUAGGGUCUCAUAUAACUCUUCAACGCAAACUUUUUCCGGGGUAGCCAUUUUGAAACUAGGUGAAUUCCGUCGUAAAACUUCUUAGAAAUCUGAAUGUUUUACCUUUUAAUUAAUAUGACCUCAACUUUUGAAAACAAAAUCAAUCUAACUUUAAAAAUCAACAUUACCUAUGAGUAGUUACCUGUCAGGCUAUCUAUUUUGGAACUUGAUAAUAUACUGGCCAACCAGUAGACUCCAAACAGCUCAUCCCAGGCUAAACUUUGGUUACGCAAGAUAAAGUUUCAAAAGUAUAUUUUUCGAUUGCUUCCUAUUAUAAUCACAAUCGGGUUCAACAAGGAUAACGACUAAUCAUACAGCUUUUGUUAUUAAGUAAUAUAUAUAUCGAUUUCCUCUACAACAAGCUGGACGACAAAUACACUGGAAAGAGAGGUCAGGUGAGAGUCGGACCUGGUGAGGAAAGUUGUUCGUCAUCCAAACAGGCCUAGUGAAGAAGGUUUUUCGACAUCCAAACAAAAACUCUAAAUGCACCUCGCAAUGUUGUGUCUGAUCUCUUUUCAGUAUGUGUUAUUUGACAUGUUAAGCAGGUGUUAACAAUAUUGCUUAGCUCCUUUUUUUCAAUCGCAUUCCAUUAUGGAAUUCAUCUACGAAAUCAACAAAAGAAAUAUAUAUAAUAAUCACAAUAUAUACUCCAGAAAUUUUAGUAUUUUUUCAUUAGAAAGCACUAGCUUGAAUCUCUUCUUAUAUUACUAAUAGCAGUAUUGGAUUAAUACAUGGCAUGCGUACACACGGAAGCUAUAUGUAUCAUAAAUUUGGACAUUAUUUCUCCUUCAUAUACACUAGAUUACAUGCUGAGACGAAUACCAGUCACAUGGACGGGGAAGUAACUACGUUAUGCAUCUGAUUGGAUACUUUCUACCUUAUUGAAGGUUAAUCUAGAAAAUGAUCAAAGAAUAAAUUAAACCAACAAUGACCUUGAUUUUGAAUUAAAGUUUACUCAUUUGAAAUAUUAAACUAAAAUAAAGGUACAUUUUAAAAUGGUUAUACAAUUGAUUGCAGAAUGGAAAGAGUACAACUACACGUGUUUUUUUUCUGUCAUUUGUUUAAGUCGAUCAAGUCAUUAGAUCUCUUAGAUUUCCAAAUUUUAUCCCACAUAAUAACCAACAAUGAGUCCGACAAGGGUAAAAGCUAUAUCAUGCAACUUUUGUUAUUAUAUACAUAAUUAAUAUCGAAUGUGAUAUAUGCUUAUAUUAUGUAUUGUCGCUUGAAUUUAACAUGAUCAUUAAUCAUGAUAUAUGAUAAAGAAGACUUUUAAAAUGUCUUCAAGUAUAUUUACUUUAAUUUGUGCGCUAAAAUAUUAUUGGGAAUAGGACUGCCUUAUAUACACUUGAAACUUAUAUUAUCUGUAGUUGAAUUUUGUAUACUCAUACACUUGCUAUCAUACCAGAUUGUAAUGUAUUCCAUGUCUGUGUUUCCUGAGACUAAAAUCACAUGUUUAUGGCUUGCUUUUCCAUACGUGCUUUAGUGGAUACAUGAGUUCUUGUUUGAACUCAAUUAUAUAAUCUGUCCUCUAUCCGGUAUAGGUAACAUAGAACAGUUUUAUGUCAAUUACCUUUCGUUAGGCCAUACCAUGACUGAUCUAUUUCAGACACUUUCAGAGAAUCUCAUGACCGCUUUAUACAUCGUUUGGUUGGUUAAAAUAGUGUUUUUUUAAUUUGAAUUCAACGAUCUACCCUUGACAUUUAAAUUUGUUUCAAAUUAGUCUUGUAUAUUCAUACACUAAAAAAGAUUUUUGUUUGAGUUUAUAUGGGUUUUUUUUGGGUGGGUGUUUUUUUGUUUUUGCUGUGUUCGUUUUUGUGUGUUGAACCUGUCGUAAUAACUUUAGAUAAUAUAGUGUGAUAAGAUAUUAACCUUCUUUUGAAAAUUAUCAUUUUAAUUCACUAAAUUUGUAUACAUUUAUUAGCUUGUCAUACCUAAUAAAUAUUUCAUGAAACAAAA